GGAGCGGAAUCUAUUGAGUCGAGCUCUUCCUCGACUUCUCCACCUGAAGUCUGGCAUCGACGUCGCCGGCGAUCGGCCCCCAACUCCAUCCAUGGCGUCUCUCCUCGAUUCAUGUUGGCUGUAUCUUAUCACUCAUUUCAGUGAGUUCCAAUUAGCAACUGUUGGCACUUUCUUAAUUCAUGAAAGUAUCUUUUUCUUAUCUGGACUUCCAUCCAUAUACUUCGAGAGGUCAGGACUUUUCAGCAAAUAUAAAAUUCAGAAAAAGAGCAACACUUCAGAAGCGCAAGAGAAAUGUAUUGUGCGUCUAGUCUUGUACCAUGUAUGUGUCAACUUACCAGUUAUGCUCGUCUCUUAUCCUACUUUCAGAUUCAUGGGUCUGAGAAGCAGUCUUCCAUUGCCACACUGGUCUGUCAUCAUCUCUCAAAUUAUCUUUUACUUCAUCUUGGAGGAUUUCGUGUUCUAUUGGGGACACCGAAUACUGCAUACCAAAUGGCUAUACAAGCAUGUUCACAGUAUCCAUCACGAAUAUGCUACACCUUUUGGACUGACUUCAGAGUAUGCCCAUCCUGCUGAAAUCCUGUUCCUUGGCUUUGCCACAGUUGUCGGUCCAGCUCUAACUGGCCCUCACCUCUUUACUCUGUGGUUAUGGAUGAUAUUGAGAGUCUUGGAGACAGUUGAGGCUCACAGCGGAUACCACUUCCCAUGGAGCCCCUCAAAUUUCUUGCCUUUGUAUGGCGGUGCUGAUUUCCAUGACUACCAUCACCGUGUGCUUUAUACAAAGUCGGGCAAUUAUGCAUCAACUUUUGUUUACAUGGACUGGUUGUUUGGCACUGAUAAAGGUUAUCGGAAGCUGAGGGCCAUCGAGGAAGUAGAAGGAAAGAAUUAUUAAAUCACAUCCUAAGUCUGUCUGAUAUCAUCACCAGAAAUUUGCUGACUUUUAUGUCUGGAUGGCACGAUUAUGAUCUUAAAAUUGUAAUAAGGAGUUGCAGGGCCUUCCUAAAUCCUUCAUUGUUUUUUCUUCAA